AUGUCGCCACUCCAGUUCCAGCCUCUGAUAUCCCAGCCAACCCCCGAGUUCUGGUCGGCAUUGACGGCAUUGAAACUCGACAAGCUUCGUCUCGAUGAUUCCAUUAUUCCUUUGCACGCCUGGGUUGAUGAAGGGCGUGAGGUGGCAAACACCAACAGGAUGACUGGCCAGGUGGACGAUAAUGUUGGCGUAGAUGGCAGCGUAUUCCUCCCUGCCUCAGCAUUCGAGGACUCUGGCAAACAACUGCCCGUAACAAGCACCGUCAUGCACGGACUCUUCAAGAACUACAAUACGAUUGAGCAAUUUCGUUCCCCACAGGAGAAGAAACAAGUGUUUGACUCUGUUGUCCAACAGAUGGUGGCCUCGUUUGACGAUGAUCAGCCGCUGCUCAACACGUUCAUUCUCUUUGCGUUUGCGGAUCUUAAGAAGUACUCGUAUCAUUAUUGGUUUGCAUUCCCAGCCUUUGUCGCAAAGCCUUCCUGGCAACUUGAUAGUGACUUUACUCAAGCUCCCGCACAGGAUGUCGAGGAAAUUCGACAACUCAUUGCCGAGCGCGGUGUUUCAGCGACGGGCUUGACGUCUGUGUUGCUGUUCAAGGGCCCCCCUGGGUCACGAUCUUCUGCCCCUCUGUCCAAAGCAUCGACUUUCUUUGCGGGGGUUCCCGCCGCUGAACGCCUGCUAGCCUUUCACGACCCUUCCUCCCUUCCAAACAACCCAGGUUGGCCAUUGAGGAACAUUCUCUUCUACCUUCAAACCCAUCACAGCGUCCUCAAUGUCGCCGUGAUCUGCCUUCGUCAAGGAGAUACCAGUCGAUUCGGGCGCCUGUCGGCACAAGCUGCCGCGCCUUCGGAAGGAAAGCCACAAGCGGUCGGAUGGGAGCGAGACGGCUCUGGCAAGCUUGCAAGCCGCGUGGCGAACCUUGGGCCGAUGUUGAACCCAACCCGACUGGCUGAGCAAGCCGUGGACCUUAACCUCAAGCUUAUGCGCUGGCGAAUUCUUCCAGACCUCGACCUCGAUCGUAUCGCGUCCACAAAGUGUCUCUUGUUGGGUGCGGGGACUCUCGGCUGCUACGUUGCGAGAGCCCUAAUGGGAUGGGGAAUCCGAACAAUUACCUUCGUUGACUCCGCCCGUGUCUCAUAUUCCAACCCGGCAAGGCAGCCGCUGUUUCAGUUUGAGGACUGCUUGAAUGGAGGCAAGCCUAAAGCAGAAUGCGCCGCCCAAAGACUGAAAGAAGUAUUUCCGUCAAUCAAUGCCACGGGACACAGCAUGAUGAUUCCUAUGCCCGGUCAUCCCAUCGGUCAAGGAAGUGAAGAAGAAACGGCAGGCAUGGUGGCCAAACUUGAGGAUCUGAUCCGAGAGCACGAUGCUGUCUUCCUACUGAUGGACUCGCGCGAGUCCCGAUGGUUGCCCACCGUUAUGGGUGCUACUCUAAACAAGAUCGUCAUCAACGCUGCUCUUGGCUUUGACAGCUACCUCGUCAUGCGUCAUGGUGCAGGACCUCUUGACUCGCAGACGAAACGUCUGGGCUGCUACUUCUGCAACGACAUCGUGGCACCUGCAGAUUCCUUGACAGAUCGAACUUUGGAUCAAAUGUGCACUGUCACCCGACCAGGCGUCGCUCCCAUCGCAGCGGCAUCUGCUGUGGAACUGCUUGUCUCUCUUGUCCAACAUCCUCUUGGCGGCUUUGGGUUCCUCCUUCGCGCGUUCAACGACACUGGGUUCCUCGAAGGUCUUACUGGUCUGGACAAGCUCUAUGCUGAGGCUGAGGCAGUGCUGGAUAAUGUGGACUGGGAGGAGGACAGCGACGACGGUGGUCUGUAG